CUCUACGCCCAGUUGUGAAACAGUAUUUAGCUCUCUAGUCGGAAUUGUAGUCUUUUCUUUAAGCCGGUAAGGUCCUGGAAGAUAUAUUUUAAAAAACUAGGUUCUUUUUUUCUCUUUCUCUCAUUUAGUGAUUAUGAACCAUACCCUUGUAUUUUAUAAAGGGAGCAAAAAUUAAAUAAGCAGUAAUAUAAAACUCCUGGAACUGGUUUAGAUUCGGACUUCAAGGAGGUUUGAGGGUGACCAUAGGUUUUCAGGACCCUUCCGAUCACAGCUCUUUCUUCCGCCAAGGCCUGAGCUCCCCUGGGAGAGUCGGAUCCGCAGUCAUGUCGGCUGCCAUCGCCGCUCUAGCAGCUUCCUAUGGCUCAGGCUCGGGCUCGGAGUCCGACUCCGACAACGAGACCGGCCGCUGUUCUUUGCCUGCUGCUGACUCCCUUAUCCACCUGACGAAAGCGCCUUCGGCCAAGCUCUCUCUGGUGGGAACCGUGGACGCGGCACCCGAGGUGGCGGUUAAGGAAGAUGUGGAGACUGGAGUACACCUGGACCCAGCCAUUAAGGAAGUCCAAUACAAUCCUUCCUAUGAGACCAUGUUUGCUCCUGAGUUUGGACCAGAAAAUCCCUUUAGGACUCAGCAGAUGGCUGCCCCUAGGAAUAUGCUUUCUGGAUAUGCUGAACCAACUCAUAUCAAUGACUUCAUGUUUGAACAGCAGAGGCGAACUUUUGCAACCUAUGGGUAUGCAUUGGAUCCCUCAUUAGAUAAUCAUCAAGUUUCUACUAAAUAUAUUGGGUCUGUAGAAGAAGCUGAGAAAAAUCAAGGUUUAACUGUGUUUGAAACUGGACAAAGGAAAACAGAAAAGAGAAAAAAGUUCAAAGAAAAUGAUGCAUCAAAUAUUGAUGGUUUCUUAGGACCUUGGGCAAAAUAUGUAGAUGAAAAAGAAGUGGCUAAACCUUCAGAAGAAGAACAGAAAGAAUUAGAUGAAAUCACAGCCAAGAGGCAAAAGAAAGGCAAACAUGAGGAUGACAAACCUGGGGAAGAAAAGACCAUUUUACAUGUCAAAGAAAUGUAUGACUAUCAAGGCAGGUCUUACCUUCACGUUCCUCAAGAUGUUGGUGUUAAUCUGCGUUCUACAGUACCUCCUGAGAAAUGUUAUCUUCCCAAAAAGCAGAUCCAUGUUUGGUCUGGACAUACAAAGGGUGUCAGUGCUGUCAGGCUGUUUCCUCUUUCUGGACAUUUGUUACUGUCUUGUUCUAUGGACUGCAAAAUUAAGCUAUGGGAAGUUUAUGGAGAUCGUCGCUGUUUGAGAACAUUUGUUGGUCACAGUAAAGCUGUUAGAGAUAUCUGCUUUAAUGGUGUAGGAACUCAGUUCCUCAGUGCAGCAUAUGACAGGUAUCUUAAGCUCUGGGACACUGAGACAGGUCAGUGUAUAUCAAGAUUUACAAACCGGAAAGUUCCUUAUUGUGUUAAAUUUAAUCCUGAUGAAGAUAAACAGAAUCUCUUUGUGGCUGGUAUGUCAGAUAAGAAGAUUGUACAAUGGGACAUCAGAAGUGGGGAGAUUGUGCAAGAAUAUGAUAGACAUUUGGGAGCUGUCAACACCAUUGUGUUUGUGGAUGAAAAUAGGCGAUUUGUAAGCACUUCUGACGACAAGAGCCUACGAGUUUGGGAAUGGGACAUCCCUGUAGAUUUCAAGUAUAUAGCAGAACCCAGCAUGCAUUCGAUGCCUGCAGUGACUUUGUCUCCAAAUGGGAAAUGGCUGGCAUGUCAGUCCAUGGACAAUCAGAUUUUGAUUUUUGGAGCACAGAACCGAUUCAGAUUAAAUAAGAAAAAAAUAUUUAAAGGGCAUAUGGUGGCAGGAUAUGCUUGUCAGGUGGACUUUUCCCCGGACAUGAGCUACGUGAUAUCAGGAGAUGGAAAUGGAAAAUUAAAUAUUUGGGACUGGAAGACUACAAAACUCUAUAGUCGAUUUAAAGCUCAUGAUAAAGUAUGCAUUGGUGCUGUGUGGCACCCACAUGAAACAUCUAAGGUUAUAACUUGUGGCUGGGAUGGUCUUAUUAAAUUAUGGGAUUAACUUUUUUAUUUGAUAACAUAUUUAACUAUAUUUGAUUAUUAAAUGUGUUGGGUGACAGUUUCUGUUUCACAGAUAUAUGCUCUUUACACAGACUUCUGACUCAGUACAAAUAUAGAAUUCAUUUUGUAACUUCGAUUUAUGUAAUUUCAUUCUGGUCUUUAUAGAUGUCACUGAAAUAAGUAAGUAAUGCCUUUUGUCAUCCCUUUCUUUCCAAUCACCAAGGCUUACAAUCAGUUACCAGUUGUGAAAACUUUUUGAUUCAUAUGUUUUAUAGCUAUCUCCUUACUGUUCAUGGAAUCCACCUGGUCUUCUUCCCUGGAUUUUGUGAUUCCUGACAGUUGAAGUAUUAAAUGAACAUCUAAUUCUGAGGGACCAAACACAUGGUCUCCAACAAAGCAAAAUAUAAAGACCUCAGUUAUGAUUUCAUUGUACAUAAAGCUAAAGGAAGAACAAGCUAAUAGAUGAAUGGCUUUUCUUUUCCUCUACUCUUUUCUAGUAUCCAGUUCCAGUAUAAGUCUCCUUGUGAGCUCUAUUAUUUCUCCAUGGGAUCCUCUUUUUGAAUCUCUUCAGUUGUAAGUCAUCACUUUGGCUUAAUUAACAUAAAUAGUCACGAAGUAAAGAACCGACCGAAGUCUUUCUUGACUUUCCCAAUGCAGGCAAAUCAAUUCCCUUUAAUCAUAAAGUUAAAUUAUUUCUGAACAUUAACUCAUGUGGAGGAGAAACUGGAUCUACAUUAUUGUGUCACAAAAGUAUACAAAUAUGUAAUUCUACUUUCAGGAACAUAACUCCUGAUUGACACAAAUCAUUUGAGAACAUAUGACAGUCUUUUGAAGCACUUUAAUUUUGACAAGCCAUCUCCUUUUAUUAUUUUCUAUGAAACUAGUUUUUGAUUUUUCAAAAGUGUAACCUGAGAUAAAUAGAAAGGGUACCAUGUUGAAAAAGACUAGAUUACCUAGUCAAGUGGAUGGCUACCUAGGAUGCUGAGCUGAAGACCAAGGGAAGCUAAGGGUCACCAACCCUGAAUGCAUUAAGUACUCAGUCUACUUCUUAGAACAUUUACUAUUAAGCACAUGUAUGCUAUCAUUAUAAAACUUGUAGAAAUGUGUGAUCUUUGCCCUCAUGGAAAUUUCAUUUUUAAAGAACGUGGCACCUCUGGGCCAACAACUACACAUAAAGAUGUUUUUGUUUCUCCUGUGCUAAAAGUAAAAUUUAGAAGAGAAUAAAAGAAAAGAAAUAGCAUAAAGGGGAGAGAUUCUUUGUUGGGUAUUGCUCACUCAAAGAAAUAAAGUCUAUCUGAACUACAGAUAGUCUCCAUCUGCCAGGCAGAGGUGGUUGUCUAAUUUCCCAAGUGGGAAGUAUGCAGGCAAAUUCUUACCCUGAACUUUAGUCUGAAUGUUAGCUAUUAACAAAUGUGAAUUAUUGAUUUGUGAUGAGACAAAGAGCUAAUCAUAGGCUUAAAACUACAUCUUGUUCAGUACCAGAAUUGUGUGUACUACAAAUUGUAUUUUCUAAAACUUAGAUAGUUAUUGUAUAGUGUUUUUUGACUGUUUCUAGACUAAAUAAUUGUACAUAAAAGUUCUCUUUUUAAAGAGCCUAUUUUUAAAUAUAUCUUUUUACAGAAAAAUUA